AUGAGCUCCAAAACACUAACGGUUCCAGUUCGUUUAGUCCGUCAUUGUUUAUACAAACCUCGUCGUGUUUUUCGGGUGAAUCCGGUGCGGUUGUAUUAUGGGUCUCCGCAGAUGGUAACGGGAUCCGCCGUUCGCACGGUGGACCUCCGAAGCGACACCGUCACCAAACCCGGAGCAGCUAUGCGGAGAGCCAUGGCGGAGGCGGAGGUCGGAGACGAUGUGUUUGGAGAAGAUCCUACGGUUAAUGAACUACAGAAAAUAGCUGCUGAAAUGUUUGGCAUGGAAGCGGCUUUAUAUGUGCCCUCAGGAACGAUGAGUAACCUGAUUGCAGUUAUGGUCCACUGCAGGGAGAGGGGUGAUGAGAUGAUAGUUGGUGAUCUUUCUCAUAUUCAUAUUUAUGAGCAGGGAGGAAGUGCACAGCUCGCAGGCGUCCAUUCUGCAACACUCCGUACCCUCGGCGAUGGCACUUUUGACCUGGACCAGCUGAUCUCCAAGAUCCGUCAUGGUUACCCUGACCCACACUACCCACGCUCACGCCUGGUCUGUGUGGAAAACACACACAAUAUCCAGGGAGGCCGCGUCCUCCCACUCGCCUUCCUGCAGGAGCUUCGCUCUGUGGCUGAUCAGUUUGGUCUGGCGGUGCAUAUGGACGGAGCGAGGGUGAUGAAUGCAGCUGUAGCUCUGGGUGUUCAGCCCUCUGCUAUACUACAGCACUGUCAUUCUGUCAGUGUGUGUCUGUCUAAGGGACUCGGGGCACCUGUGGGCUCCAUGCUAGGAGGGUCAAAAGAUUUCAUACAGAGAGCGGUGCGUGUCCGCAAGGCGCUUGGCGGUGGAAUGCGCCAGUUGGGCAUCUUGGCAGCAGCUGGUAAGAUCGCUCUGUCAGACAUGAUUGGAAGACUGGAGGAGGACCACAGGAACGCCAGACACUUUGCUCAAGCACUGUUAGAGAGUGACCCUGCUCUGUACCAGGUCGAUCUGAACACUGUUCAAACCAACAUCGUGAGGUUUACUCUGAGGGAGCGUCAGAUGAGCCCGGUGGAGUUCUGUGAGAGGAUGGCAGGCGUAGAUGAGGAAGAAGUGAAGGCUUUGGGUCAGGGGGUACCGGUUCUGAUGUUCCCCCAUGUUGGGGACACAGUUAGGGCUGUGUGGCACCUGGGCAUCAGUGAGGAAGACACUCAGCUGGCUUUACUGAAGGCUCAGUUUGUGGCUCAACAGCACAAGCGGAGGUCUAUCAGGGCACCAUGAGAGAAGUCCUUCAUCUGGUCUUUUUGGCACUUCAGUUUGACUCACCCACUUGAGGGAAAUAAAUUAUUCAUCUAAAAAUGUAUUUUAGUCAUUAUUUACACACUCCAGUGUUGUUCCAAUGCCAUGAGCCCUUCGUUCAUUGUCAGAUCAAAAAAUAUAUGUUUUUUUAAAUGUGCUCAUCUAUAUAAAAACACUGCCUGACAAAAGUCUUGUUAUCAAUCUCAGUUGUAAGAGCAACAAAUAAUAACUGAAUCAUCUGUUGAACUGCAUCCCAAUCAACACAGAUACUGCAGAAGAUCUAUUGGAACCUGCAUGAACCCACAAUUCUCACAGAAAUCAGUCAAGUUUGCUGAAGGAAAAAUCAUGGUUUGGGGUUACAUUCAGUAUGGGGGCAUGCGAGAGAUCUGCAGAGGGGAUGGCAACAUCAACAGCCUGAGGUAUCAAGACAUCUGUGCUGCCCAUUACAUUACAAACCACAGAAGAGGACAACUUCUUCAGCAGGAUAGCGCUCCUUCUCAUACUUCAGCCUUCACAUCAAUGUUCCUGAAAGCUCAAGGUACUCUAGGAUUGGCCAGCCCAGGCACCUGACAUGAACAUUAUUGAGCAUCUCUUGGGUAAGAUGAAGAAAGAGGCAUUGAAGAUGAAUCCAAAUAAUCUUGGUGAACUCUGGGAGUCCUGCAAGAACGCUUUCUUUGCCAUUCCAGAUGACUUUAUUCAUAAGUUAUUUGAGUCAUUGCAGCGAUGUAUGGAUGUAGUCGUCCAAGCUCAUGGGAGUCAUACACAAUAUUAAUUCUUUUUCCACUGCAUCAUGACUUUAUACUCUAUACUGACUUUUC